AUGCCCUCUCUUGCAGGCGACGUCGACCCGGCAGUCGUCGAUGUCUCUCAAAGUUCUGAGGAACAUUGGAACAACUGGCCAAAUGCCAAGGGUUUUGACCCGGAGUAUGAGGAGCGCACGCCCGUGGAGCUGGUAGUGACGGGAAGGAUCCCUUCCUACGCGGCUGGAAUUCUAUAUCGAACUGGCCCUGGAAAAAGCCAAGUGCAGUGCGAGGGAGAUCAGGUCUUCCAGCUGUCCCACUGGUUCGAUGGAUUCAGCCAAACUCAUCGCUUUCAAAUCAUCGACUCAAAUACAUCUACUCGAGUUCUCUACAACUCUCGAUUCUCAACCGAUGCUUUGAUAGAACAUGUCCGUAAGACAGGCUCUAUGGAGAGAACGAGUUUUGGUCAGAAGCGUGAUCCGUGCAAGGCCAUGUUCGGUAAGAUGCAAAGUGAAUAUGUCCCGGUUCCCGAGGGCGCAAACGCGGUAAACAUUGGCGUUACACUAUCAGUCAAUAUGCCUGGUCUCGGCGGCCAGUCGGAUAACGAGUCAACCGAGCGCUGGUCCAGUUCGCAAGGUAUCCGCACCCUGCACGCGAAGACGGAUUACAAUGGCUUCAAGAAGCUCGACCCAGAGACCUUGGAGCCUCUUGGCCUGGAUUCACAACAAUCAUUCCACCCUGAAUUGAAUGGACAACUUACCGCGUCUCAUGCUCGCUCUGAUCCUAAGACUGGAGACGUAUUCAACUUUAACCUUUCUCUGGGGGAAAGCUCUACAUAUCGCGUAUUCGGCGUCUCUGCUUCGACGGGCAAAACCACUAUCCUGGCGACAUUCCCCGGUGUGCCUGCCUAUUUGCAUUCUUUGCUCAUCACGGAAGACUAUGUUGUUCUCUGUGUGUGGAAUUCGCAUCUGAACCCAUUGGCGCUCCGCGACGGCUCCGUUAUGGAUGCAAUCAUACCAACUGAUCCGACCCAGACGGCGACAUGGUACGUCGUCGAUCGCAAAGGUGGUCAAGGCUUAGUUGCGACUUAUGAAAGCCCUGCGUUCUUCUGCUUCCACACUAUCAACGCCUGGCAGGAGCCGCGAAAAGAAGAUCCAACAAAGAUUGAUGUUGUUGCAGACUUGGUACGAAUGGACAGUGUCGAUUUUCUCAAUCUCCUCUAUUACGAUAAUAUGAUUUCCUCGCGGCCCAGUGCAAAGGAAUUUGCCUCAAAAAGAGCCGAUGCAUUGCGCUCAACAUUUACUCGCUUCCGCCUUCCUUCUCUGCCAUCAUCCCCUUGCUCUGAUAUUAUCAAGGCAAGCGUUGAGUGGUCUGCAUGCAAAUCGUUCUCUCCGGAGCUGCCGACCAUGAACCCCAACUUUGUCACCCAAAAAUAUCGAUAUACCUACGCGACUACAUUCCGAGGAGAAGCAACCCUUACAGACGGGAUUGUCAAAUUCGACUGCGAGACCAAAGAGGCCGGCCUCUGGGCCUGUCACAGUCACUCCCCUGGUGAGCCCAUCUUUGUCGCCAAUCCAGAAGGUGUUAGUGAGGAUGAUGGCGUUCUACUGAGUGUUGUUCUCGACGGCACUACGGGCAACAGCUAUCUUUUAUGUCUUGACGCUCGGGACUUGACUGAACUUGGUAGGGCGAACGUCAAUGGAGCUGUUGGCUUCGGAUUCCAUGGGCAGCAUGUUCCUACUGUAGGAUUGCCUACGGGAGAUUAUUAG